CCAUCCAUGAACUCCCAAAGAAAGCAGUUGAAAAGCUGCCUUCCAUUGUGUAUGAGACAGACUCAUCUCCGCCUAAAAAUAAAGAAUAAAGCUAUCGAGCAACACAGAGCAAGAGAGAGACCUUUCCUUCCUCGCGUUCCGCUAGCUCUGUCUCCCUCCAUUUAUCCAACCCCAUCUCUUUCCUAUCUCUUUGAUCUCCUGAACCAUCCCUCUCUUCCAUACCUCUCAAACCCUUUUACUACCCAUAACCUUUAUAUCCAAUGCUAACCAUAUAAACACCAAAGCCUUCAAAAAUUUUUUGGAGCGUGGCCAAAGCUUUAGACAUCAGCCGCCACCAAAUGCUAGGCUCCACAAUGCCGGCAGCCCCAGCCCUCCCCAGCGACAAUAACAUCAUGACCUCCUCCUCCUUCCCCUGCUUGGAGAAUGGCACCAAUAGUAAGAGGAAGAGAAGGCCAGCAGGAACUCCAGACCCGGAUGCGGAGGUGGUGUCGCUGUCGCCGAGGACGUUGCUGGAGUCGGACCGCUACGUGUGCGAGAUCUGCAACCAGGGGUUCCAGAGGGACCAGAACCUACAGAUGCACCGGCGGCGGCACAAGGUGCCGUGGAAGCUGCUGAAGCGGGACGCGGCGGAGGUGCGGAAGCGGGUGUUCGUGUGCCCGGAGCCCAGCUGCCUGCACCACGACCCCUGCCACGCCCUCGGCGACCUCGUCGGCAUCAAGAAGCACUUCCGCCGCAAGCACAGCAGCCACAAGCAGUGGGUCUGCGCCCGAUGCUCCAAGGCCUACGCCGUCCAGUCCGACUACAAGGCCCACCUCAAGACCUGCGGCACCCGCGGCCACUCCUGCGACUGCGGCCGCGUCUUCUCCCGGGUGGAGAGCUUCAUAGAGCACCAAGAUGCCUGCAACGCGGGCCGAGCUCGCGCCGACUUGCACCAAACUCCGCCGCGCGCCUGCCGAUCGCGCGCUGCAUCGAGCCCAAGCCCUUCGAGCGACACCAAUUUCAGCAGCGGGGCGCCCGCAUGGCCCAGCCUGCGAACGCCGGCUUCCACCUCUGCUUUCCAACCUCCUCCACCAUCCGAUCACCGCCGCCCCCACAGCCUCGAGCUCCAAUUACUUCUCCCCGCAUCCAAUCCCCACCCGAUGACCACCACCGUCACCUCCCCGACCCUCUCCCCCGCCUCCGACGAGGCCCAUGCCACCAAGUUGCAGCUGUCGAUCGGACCAAGCGGCAGCAAACGGGCUCCGGUCAAUGGGGAACUGACAUCAGCGAUCCACGACAAGGAUCAGGAGAAGCUGAGGCGUGCAAUGACUGAGAAGGCAUUGGCUGAUGAAGGUAGGCUCCAAGCCAGGAGGCAAGUGGAGCUGGCAGAGAUGGAAUUCGCGGAUGCUAAGAGGAUUCGACAGCAGGCAAUGGCCGAGCUCGAAAAUGCUUGUGUCAUCAGGGACAACACAAUGAAACGAAUCAACUCGAUCCUUCUCCAGAUAACUUGCCAUGCUUGCAGGCAGCCGUUCCGCGCUAAUUCUGUGAUGCCUGCCGACGAGAGCUCGCUCGCUGUGGUGAGCUUUGUGUCAUCGGUUGUAACUGAGGGUGAGGGGGAUGAAAAUAGUAACCCGCGCUACCCCGUGAAGAUCUUCAAGACCUAGCUCACAAGCCUCGAUCUAGACUCCUUUUUAUCUUUUUUCUUGUUUUAUCAUACUUAGAGUGAUGUAAUUACCUCUUAUGCUGGCUAAAAUAUUGAGAAGUUGCACAUGAGAGGUGGGAGAGGGGAGGGGUGUGGAUCUAGCAACAAGCAACCUUGUGCUUGUUUGGUUGUAAUUUUUUGUUAAUUAUUUGAACCAAGGGAGGAGGUGACAAUGGUAAUGAUGAUGGGCUUGAUCUUUU